AGGCAGCUCUGUAUGACGUGCUGGACUGGGUGGAGCGGGAGCGAUCCCAGCACAUCCACCUGUUCUGGAGAUGUGUUUUCAAAGACACCAUCCUGAACGACUACCCAACCCUGCGACUGCUGCGUAACAGCCUCAUGGACGGAUCUUUCCAAUUUGGCACGCAGCUGCCAGAGAAGGAGAAGAAAGAGACAGAUGAAAGGAAAAAGAAGGAGCUCUCUGAAGUUGAGGAGGAAGAGGAGGAGCAGGUGGGAGAAGGACCCAAACUACUGUGACAAAGUCAAAAAGACGCCGCCUUACAACCACGGCACCAGACUGGUGGACGUCAUAGACAUGGCUGUGCUGGACUUCCUCAUGGGCAACAUGGACAGACAUCACUACGAGACUUUUGAGAAAUUCGGCAAUGAGACUUUUGUGCUGCAUCUGGAUAAUGGGCGGGCGUUUGGGCGUCACUCCCGGGAUGAGUUGUCUAUUCUUGCUCCGUUGCGACAGUGUUGCAGGAUUCGUCGCUCCACCUUCCUCCGCUUGCGUCUCUUGUCCCUCCCGGCCUUCCGUCUGAGUGACGUCCUGCGGGAGUCACUGGCUGAGGACCGCCUGGCCGGCCGGGCCCCGCUCCUGUCCGAGACGCACCUUUCUGCUUUGGACCGCCGCCUUGCAACCGUCCUGCGGGGGGUGCGGACCUGUCAGGGUCAGCACAGCGAAGUCCUUUACAACGACUUGGAAGGAUACAAUGGAGAAUGGGAUCAACAGCCUGACUGA